GUAUCUUAUGUAAGCAUCACUUUAAGCUAACUUAUAUGUGGAUAGCGUCAAAACCUUAAGUCCGCACCACAGACGUGUUUGGACAAAUCUCGCGCUAGUACUCACGCGAUAAUGGGCAAUUCGACGUUGGGUUGUCGACACCUAAACUACUGCCAUGCCCUUGUUCAUGUUCGCCUCCUUCAAGCAACAGGCUUGUCGAAGCUGACACCUGCUCUUUAUCCUCAUAUAUGAGCAGUUAAACUAUCAUUACGACUGAUCAUUUGCUUAGAAAAUCGAAAAGCUGCCUUAGAUCCCAAGGCACGCAUCAAGGGACCCUUUUUAUUUGGCAGCCUCACUUUUGACGCAGCCUUCGUCACAUCACCAACACUUCAUCCUCCACCUGCCUAAACGAUACACAGCCAUUAUGGCGCCCUCUAGGACCUCUCGGAGGGAGAGCGUAAUCUCACUUGAAACCCCCGAAAGAAGCUUAGUUGCCCAAGAAUCAGUUGCCACAGCUGGCACGUCAACAGUUGCGAUGGCGAAGUCCUCAUCGGAGAUAACGCCAAGUAUGGGGCCCGCGGAUAUCUUCAAGGCCGACCUCGAGAAUAUAAAAUCGCUCGUCACUUGCACCAUUUGUGACCAGCUUCUCUACGAACCAUGGAUGCUCGCAUGUGGGCAUACCUAUUGUUACAGUUGUCUGUGCAACUGGUUUUUGCCAAAUAGACGGUCCAAGUCGUGCCCAGACUGCCGAAGUGCAGUUAAGGCAAUGCCUGCUCCGGCAUUCGUGAUCAAGCAGCUGGCGGAGGUAUUUGUGAGCCGCGUUGAGCUUAUGCCAGCCGAUGAAAGUACGGAACAGCACGUCAAAAGGCGAAAGGAAGAAAAUCAGGCGGUUGAGACCGACAGGAUUUCCGACGAAGGGUUGUUUAAGGGCUGUUUCAGCACUGCCCGGCUAGGCAAUAUACGUUACGACGAAGCUGACCGUAUGCACGUUUGCUCUCACUGUGGGCACGAGUUUACAGGGGGUCCGUUGUGCGAAAACUGCGGCGUGGACUUUGAGGGAGAGGACGAAGCUAUACGAGACGACUUCAGCGACUUGGAAGAAAUGGAGUUCGAUUUGGACGAGGAAGAGGACGGAGAUGCGGAGGAGGGCGAAGAUGAUAUUGAGGAUGAGGACUAUUUCCAUGGCAGGGAUCCUCGAGAAGGGCUGGAUUGGUUCGAUCCGUUUGAUGGGGCCGUCCAAUUUGAAGAUGUCCGCCAGCUGCUUGAAGAUCACCCAGCUCACCACCACCACCACCAUCAUCACCACCCUCAUUAUCAUCACCUUCUUCACCCCAUGCAUAUGGAAGCCCGAGUGUCUCGUGCGAGAGGCGAGCAUUCAGACGAGAGCGAGGAAGAAGAAAGCGACGGCGACGAGACAACAUCAUCAAUGAUGGACUUUAUUGAGCCAGAUGAUAGCUCUCCUGCAGUUGGGCGCAGGUCAAGGCCUCAAAUUAUAGACAGCGAUAGCGAUGACUCGGAUGAAGAAGAUGAGGAGGAAGAGGAAGAAGAGGAAGUGGUGUCAUCGAGACCGCGCCUACAGGCAAGGAGGCGGCCUAAUCGACCAAUUGUAGUGGACUCAGACUCGGAAGUUUCAGCCGAUUCUGGAGAUGGUCAAGGAGAGUCAGAGGGAGCAAAUCACCCUGACAUAGGCGAUGAGCAUGAAUCCGAUAGCUCUGCUAGGAAUGGUGGUUAUAGUCCCUUGGACCACGGUGAUGAUAGCGAAAAUGAUGAAGCUGAGCCGUUUGCUGCAGUCGACCACCAUUCGGGCACCGGCGACUCUGAAACCACAGUUGGCCGCCACGAAUUGGAUGACGAAGAUGAUAGGGGUGCAACAAGCUGCAAUGAUGGACCUGCGGUAUCCCGUCGUGGUGGCGAAGCAGCUACACAGAGAUGUCCGUUCCACAGACGUAGCGGAUCGACGGCGAAGACGCAGCGCGAGCGAAUAUCGGCGGGACCACAAGGUUCCAGGGAGCAAAGCCUCGAGGAAAAUUUAGAGGACCGUGACGAGGAACGGAUAUCCUCGCCCGCAGCUGUAUACGACGCGUCGGACGACGAGAAUGAGGCCACUGAUGAAGACGGAGAUAUCGAAAUGGACGCGAAGUCGGGUAUGAGGGGCAGUGUUCCAGAGCCUGACCUAUUAAGUCACAACGCUUUGGAUGAAUUUUUCCCCAAUCCUGAGAUAUGGUUGGAGCAACCUGCUCCUCCAGCUCCAAGGGCUCGGCGUAGGCGAGGAGCUCCUGCCCAAAUGUCACCUACACAAGACUCGUGAAAGCCCACUUUACGAAGGCCAAAGGGAUGCCCCCCGCAGGAUCGAAGCACCGUCGAGAUCGCGGCGGCGAGCCCAAUACCGUCUGGCUCCACCAAUUUUAAGUAACCGAUUUGGACCUAAUCGCGAACCAAUUGCCAUAUCGUCAUCUGCGAGGCCAGGGAGGGCUCACAGGAAUCGACGGGAGUAUCGGGCUUAAGGGGAACAAGGGUGGGGCGUUUGGAACAAGGAAAGGGCCAGCGAGGAGUUAUUCGCAUUGCAGACUAGCAUUCGCACAAAAACAAGUGUAUGAAGCUGUAUGGUUGUAAUGAAAUACUAAUUAUUUAUAAAAUGUCAAUGCAUGGAUUAC